ACCGUCCUCCUUCCCUCUGUUAUCUCCAAGUAUGGGUUCGUCUUCAUUCUUGCCGCUCUCACAAAACCAAUUCCGGAUUCCACAAACCAAAUUCGCAGUCUGCGAACCUCAUAAGAUAACCCAAGUCGCCUUCUCCAAAAAACCCACAACUCCUUCUCCUUCUUCUCCCUCCUACUCAUUAUCUUGCCAAGUUCUUCACCGGUGUGUUCCCUUCGCUGCUUCAGUUUCCAUUCUUUUGUGUUCAGGUCCAGCUAAGGCUGGAUUCCUGUCUGGAUUCCCUGGAUUAGAAUCGGUACCUGGACCCAAGUUACCAGAAAUUGAGUUUCUGAAUCGUUUCAAUGAGGAAAACCAGAAGAAAUAUGCUGAAGAUGAUGCAAGAUUUAAAUCCUCUCCAUUGCUGAAGAAGUUGCUCGAGCAAUCCAAGCUGAAUAAAGAAAAGAACCGGCAAGAAAUUCAGGACAAGUACUGCCUUCGUGGCGCAGAGUGGGGGGUCGGGGAUUGUUCAGCGGAGGCAAUGUCGCCGGAGGACAGAGAGAAGUUCAUUUCAAUGCUCAAGCAGAAAGCUGGAUUAAGUGAAUGAAUAGCAUUUCUUCAAGAAGGUUAUCUGCCCUCCAACAAGCGAAAUGCACCCUCUAACGCUUGAUUUGUUUCCUUUUUAAACCAUUCCUUUUGAUUUGGAUGUAGAACAGAAUUGCUUUGUAUAUGAAUUAUGAAUUUAUGAUAGUGAACCCUUUCCAUGUGCUUUGCCAUUCCUAUCAGUUCAGUUGAGCUCAUGCUGUACACACAUUUAUAUG